UGUUAACAGUAUUGGCCCUGUGUCAUCAAUAAACAUGGAAUACCAAAUUGAUAUAUUUUUCGCUCAGACCUGGACAGACAGUCGCCUUCGAUUCAACAGCACAAUGAAAAUUCUCACCCUGAACAGCAACAUGGUGGGGUUAAUCUGGAUUCCAGACACGAUCUUCCGAAACUCUAAGACCGCUGAGGCUCACUGGAUCACCACGCCCAACCAGCUCCUCCGGAUCUGGAACGAUGGGAAAAUCCUUUACACCCUGAGGCUCACCAUCAAUGCCGAGUGCCAGCUGCAGCUGCACAACUUCCCCAUGGACGAGCACUCCUGCCCGCUGGUCUUCUCCAGCUAUGGCUAUCCCAAAGAAGAAAUGAUUUAUAGAUGGAGAAAAAAUUCCGUGGAGGCAGCUGACCAGAAAUCGUGGCGCCUUUAUCAGUUUGACUUCAUGGGCCUGAGAAACACCACAGAAAUCGUGACCACGUCUGCAGGUGAUUAUGUCGUCAUGACCAUAUAUUUUGAGUUGAGCAGGAGAAUGGGAUACUUCACUAUUCAGACGUACAUCCCUUGCAUACUAACUGUGGUCUUAUCCUGGGUGUCAUUCUGGAUCAAAAAAGACGCUACCCCAGCAAGAACAGCAUUAGGUAUCACCACGGUGCUGACCAUGACCACGCUGAGUACCAUUGCCAGGACGUCCCUGCCGCGGGUGUCCUACGUGACCGCCAUGGACCUGUUCGUGACAGUGUGCUUCCUCUUCGUGUUCGCCGCUCUGAUGGAGUACGCUACCCUCAACUACUACUCCAGCUGCAGAAAACCGACCACCACCAAGAAGACUGCGUCAUUAUUACAUCCAGAUUCCUCAAGAUGGAUUCAUGAGCGAAUAAGCCUUCAAGCCCCCUCCAACUAUUCUCUCCUGGAAAUGAGGCCACCGCCACCUGCAAUGAUCACUUUAAACAAUUCCGUGUACUGGCAGGAAUUUGAAGACACCUGUGUCUAUGAAUGUCUGGAUGGCAAAGACUGUCAGAGCUUCUUCUGCUGCUAUGAGGAGUGUAGAUCGGGGUCUUGGAGGAAGGGGCGCGUCCACAUAGACAUCCUGGAGCUGGACUCCUACUCCCGAGUCUUCUUCCCCACGUCCUUCCUGCUCUUCAACCUGGUCUACUGGGUCGGAUACCUGUAUCUCUAA